CCCGACUUUGAUAUCUCAGAAAUAUCAUUAGAAUCAAGCUGUUGCCUCGUACACUACACCAACGACGCAAAAACAUGGCACAAAUCUGAUUUAUAUCUUGGGCCCCAGACAAUGCUAAGCAAUGGCAACGCCUGCCCACCGCAGCGUCGCCAACAUUCGGCCUGUUUCUGAGAUCCGCUCCCCAGGAGCUCCAUUAGCCAGCCCCCGCACUCCAGUCCGCCCCGUCUCGAUCUCAAACUUUAGCUCUCCGUCAGCUUUGCGCGCGGAAGAAGACUGUAUCAUUCUCGAAUUUGGCAGUCGUUAUCUCCGAGCAGGUCUAGCAGGAGACGCACUGCCCAGGGCAGUCAUUGGUUUCGGACCUGAUACGCAGAGGAGAGCUGGCGAUUACAGGCAAUGGCAGCUUGGCUAUGGAGCUGAUUGGCGACAAAGGGCGUCGGGCAAGGCCUGGGGAGAGGAACAUGAGCUGUGGAGGCCAGAUCUGAGGCAUGUGGACCUGGGGCUUGUCGGCGACAGGAUCGAACGGGCUAUGCGAGAGGCUAUUACGAAAUAUCUAGUAACUGGCUCUGGGUCUCGACGCAUAUCCCUGGUAUUACAGCCCGACUUUCCUCUACCCCUUCUCUCAACGGUACUCGAUACCCUUUUCACGAGCUUCCAGCCUCCGACUAUCUCGCUUCUUUCCGCGCCUGUGCUAUCGGCAGUAGCCGCUGGGCUUCGAUCGGCUCUUGUUAUAGAUAUUGGCUGGGCUGAGACAACUGUCACUGGAGUGUACGAAUACCGAGAGAUUUCUUGCCGCCGGACUGUUAGAGCAAGCAGGUUACUGGGCCUAAAAAUGCGAAAGGUCCUUGGGCGUGCCAUAAAAUCUCGGCUGUCUCAAGACGACGACGAAGAAGACGAUGAGAGAGACAGCAAGUUGAUCAGCUUUGAAGAAUGCGAGGAGGUCGUCACACGCAUGGCCUGGUGCAAACCAUCGCAGCCCACUCCUGAGACCGAGACAUCGGAAGCCUUGUCAGCUGCGAUGGAGAGUCUACGAUUUAAUGACCAACAAGACGUUGUAUCAAUACCUGUAUCAUCAACACAGCCGCCUAUGACGUUGAAGAUACCAUUUAAUGAAUUGGCCGAGCCUUGCGAGAAAGCAUUCUUCGUGAAGGAUAUCAAUCCCUGCGACCUAGACGACGAAGAACUACCAUUACAUCUGUUGGUUUAUCGAAGUCUUCUACUUCUCCCAGUUGAUGUGCGGUCAUUUUGCAUGUCACGACUGAUACUUGUUGGUGGCGGGUCUAAUAUUCCCGGUCUUAAGAGUCGCAUCUUGGGUGAUGUCCAGUCUCUCAUCGACUCCAGGGGCUGGGAACCGGUUCAAGGGAAAGCCUUUGAUCAACUGCGUGCAAACCAGAAGCUUAGGUCCCAACAAAGGAACCAGGCACCCGUUGCGAUCAAAAUCGAUGGACAUGCACAUCCGGAAACGGAUGAGCAUCACAGGCCAGCAGCUUUUCAAAACCAACAACCUGACCCUAUUGAGAGUCAGAUCAGGAGAGAACGAGAUAAGCUCGCGCCUCCGCCAAAUUAUGGAACCCUUAGUGCGGUGGACUCGAUGGGUGCUUGGAGCGGUGCCAGUCUUAUAUCCCAAUUACGACUGCCUUCCGUAUCGAUAGUCGAGAAAGACCAGUGGCUGCAGUAUGGUGCCGCUGGUGCUUCCAAAGCGAAGGAAGUUAUCCCGGCAGCGAAGGCGAGGCAGAGCAUGGGUCCGGCCGGGUUGAGAGCUGCGGCUGCAGAGCAGUCAAGCUGGACCUUGGGGCCAUGGGGUUGAUGAUACCAGUGAUGGAGUAAAGGAGAAAUGAGAAAAUACCCUGCCUCGAUAGUAGAUGGCCGAGGGACCGUUGAAGUAAGACAUGAUGGCCUAAAGCCCUCAAGCUUGUGUAUGUCACGUGAUUUAUGACAAAGGAGGCGCCAUCUUGAAAACGAUGAAAUGCAACGGAGAGAGAGUAGAUGGUACUGCAGACGGGUUUUAGCUGCCAUAAGGGCGGAGGUUGCAGUUCUAGCAUCUCAGUGUCAAGGGUGAUUGAUGAUGGCGGCUUACCCGGCCGGAAGGAGACUGAUUGCCGGUCAUGUGCUACCGAGCGUGUGAGGUCGAUAGAAAUCUGUAGAUUAAAUAUGGAUAAAAUAAAACCAUUAUAAACC